AUGUGGCUGGGUGUCGCCCAAGCUGUCAAAUAUUUUGUCGAUCUAUAUGUAGCACAGCCACCCGAGACACCAUUUCAAGAUGUCAAUGUGUCUCAAGAUAUUUCUUCUCUUAUCCGUCUUUCUUUUGAAAACAUUACUGAUACGACAAAGGCUGCUAGGGUGUCUGGCACGGCAUUGUUCAUUGUUGAUAGAUAG